AUGACUGGUCAAAAUAUGGACGACGAAAUCAUGCGUGGUAACUCGAAGGUCUCGCAUAGUGAGGGGGGUAUGCCUGCCUUGACGCAGGUCCCCACCUCCAUUACAUUGUCUGCUGAGCAGUUUGAGAGGCUGUAUUUGAGUCCUAUGAUGCACCGUCAGCCGACGCUGGCGAAGAAUCUAGGAAAUCCUACUCCAUUAGGAAUUGGGGCUUUUGUGCUCACAGCCACACCACUUGCAUGCUGCUUGAUGGGAUGGAGAGGCGCUGGUGGGGGUGGUGCUGCAUUCACUGGAGUUUUGAUUUUGCUGGGUGGACUCUUGCUAGUUCUUUCCAGCAUCCUUGAGUUCAUUCUUGGAAACACAUUCUCUUCGGUCGUUUUUGGUCACUUGGGUGGAUUCUGCUUGGCUUUUGGUGCCACUAUGACUCCAGCUUUCAACUCUGCAGCCCCAUACUCCGCAGACGGAACCAAUACCUUAGCAGGUCUUCACGGUCCUGGUUUUGUGGACACGUUCGCAUUUUUCUUUUUAUUCAUGGCAUUGCUGAUGCUGAUAUACACUGUCUGCGCAACUCGCACCAACAUUGUGUUUGUGCUGAUCUUUGCAUCUCUGAUUUUCGUUUUCUCUCUCUUGGCUGCCGCAUAUUGGAAACUGGGUCUCGAAGACGAGGUGGUUGCUAACCGGUUGACUGUGGGCGCUGGUGCCGCGUUGUUCGUGGCUACUAUGUUAGGAUUCUACUUACUGACAGCGCAGCUGCUUGACUCUGUGGGCUUUCCUCUUUCAUUGCCUAUUGGAGAUUUAAGUGCAGUUUGGAAUCGCAAAAGCCAACGGAAUAUUUUGGAUCCCGAGCUGGCUACUGAUGGUAAUGGCAAAUUCUGA